AAUAAACGAUAUAUAUUUAGAUAGAGUUGAAUUCAAAAGUCAAAUGUAUCGUUGGUAAACUGGAAAAUCAUUUAAAAACAUAAUAAAAAAAAAACAUUAGGGCUUUACAUUUUUUGGGGGGGUCAUCAUGAAGCGUAUUUAUGCUGAUAACUAUGCACCCAAAUACUAUUGUGGCAAAUGGUCAUGGGACAAGAAAAAAGAUUGCCUACACUUUGAACCUCACAAUGAUCUUGAGAAUGUGCGAGAGCGUUAUGUUAUGACCAAUGGCUACAAGUUCCUACGUACCAUCAAUCAAGAGGAGGAACUGAUAUUUCGCCACGAAUAUGUUCGAUCUGAGAGUACUUUCGAUGCCGAUACUGUAGUGAUCAACGAUGUACUCGACCUGACGCUCUUUCUCAUGCCCAGCGAGUUUCUGACCUUUCGAUUUGUGGAAUUUAUGCACAAGCCAGCCGUUCAUAGACUCAUCCAUGCCCUAAUCAUUUAUUUCGAGUACUUUCUACGUAUGGUGGAAUUUGUUUUGAUCCGACGAGAUGAACUCUCUGGGAAACUGGCUCAGGUUCAGAGCGAACAGACGAAUGAACAGAAGCGCAUAUUUUCGAUUUAUCUAAGUCAGUAUCGAAUGUUAGUGGCCCGCAACUAUAGCAUCAUUGUUAAGGGCGAGAACGAUAUGGAGAAAUACUAUCAUAUGGCAGAGAUUGUCAAUAUAUCGGCGACCAUUAAGGAUAAAUACUUUCAUGAACAGUUCUUGGCGGUCUGCACUCAGAUCAUUUGGAUCUGUAUGCAUCGCAGGGCGUAUAAUGUCAUCGAGAUGGAAAUGAAUCGUCUGUUUCGUUCCGAGCACUUUAUAAUGAAGCGUCCGGAAUAUUUGUCCUUUACGGCAGCAGAGCGUAGUCUGCUCUAUGGGCGUUACAAUAAGAUUGUCAACUAUCGCACUCAGAUCUCUCCACUGAUUCAAGAACUGGAGCACAUUGCCGACGAAGAUCUGCCCAUUUUGUGGAUUGGCGAACGAAAAUAUCGUGGUACUGACACCCGGAUUGCCGAAAUCGAACUGGAAUACAUUGUGCCGGGACCGCAGUUGCGUAUGAUUGAUGUAGCUCAUGGUAUACUUGGCCAUCCAAAGCGCUUGUACAACACUCUCCUCGAACUCGAUUGGCCCUUGGUGCGCUAUUCGAACUUUUCCCACCAGGAUGAUCCCUAUCAUAUCAUCAGGCAACCCUAUUUAAAAAUACCUAAAAUCGAUGCAAUCAAAAUGCGUAAAGCUUCCCAGAAUUUCGAACAUUUCUACAAGGUCUAUCGCAUCUACGAGCCCUGCAGCCGGCAAAAGAUCUUUAAAUGGUUGCGUCGUGACAAGAUCAUACAAUUGUAUCGCUCGGGUGGUCUUCUUACAAACAUUAUCUCGAGAUGCGAGAAGGAACUGGCCGAUUCCACAUAUGGCCCGAAAGUGGAGCAGAUAAUUGCCAAUUACUUUAGGGUCAAGUCCAGACUAAGAAAGCGGGCCAGUCACGCUGCCGAUGAUACAUUUAGUGUGGCCACUUCCCAAUUUAGUAGUAUUAUUACAAACCGUAGUAUACUGUUUCGGAAAAAAUCAAACACCCUUAAUCAAGAUCAUUUCUUUGAGGACUAAACACAAAUUAUGGUUUUCCUGUUCGUUUACUUUGUUUUAAACAGUCAAUAAUAUAUGUGAACAAUUCGGUUAAUAA